AUGGCUAACCAGGACUUCCAAAAAAUCUUUCACUGGGCAGAGACCCAGAAGAACGGCUCUAUCCCCUCUUUCGAGACCCGGCCAAACGAUCCAUACCAGUACCAGUCUGGCUUCAAUAACAGCUUUGAGUCAGAGGCUGUCCCCGGUACUAUCCCGAAGGGCCAGAACAGCCCUCGUGCUAUCCGUUUCGGACUGUACGCUGAGCAAAUCACCGCCUCGGCCUUUGUCGCCCCACGCCACGUCAAUAAGAAGGCCUGGCUAUACCGUGCCCGUCCUGCUGUUGCACACCAGGGAUUUACCAACCUGCCUGACAACCCUGACACAGAGUCUAAUUUCCUUCCCACCAACCCGAGGGUACACGUUUCUCCUACUCAGUUGGCCUGGAAUCCAUUUGAAAUCCCCAAUGUCCAGGACCAUGACUUUGUCGAUGGCUUGAAGACGGUUGCUGGGUCGGGAGAUCCAACGCUCCGCGAAGGUCUUGCCACGCACGUCUUUCUAUGCAAUAAGAGCAUGGAAAAGAGAGCCUUUGUCAACUCGGACGGCGAUUUCCUCAUCGUGCCUCAACAAGGAGCCCUAGAUAUUCAGACCGAGUUUGGGUUCUUGUACGUCCAACCCGGUGAGAUCUGCGUUAUCCAACGAGGUCAGAGGUUCAAGGUCAAGGUCGAAGGCCCAACCCGAGGCUAUAUCCUCGAGAUUUGGGGCUCCAACUUUGAAUUGCCUGAGCUGGGCCCGCUCGGUGCGAAUGGGCUUGCUAAUGCUCGGGACUUCCUUCACCCCGUUGCUGCUUAUGAGGUCACUGAGAACGACCCCUGGGAAAUCACCUAUAAACUGGGAGGGAAGUUCUUCCAGAGCAGGCAGCGCCACUGCCCGUUCGACGUUAUCGCCUGGUCUGGGAACUACGUGCCGUACAAGUACGAUCUCACCAAAUUUGUCAAUGUUGGGUCAAUCUCAGUUGACCAUAUCGACCCUUCGAUCUUCUGUGUCUUGACAGCCAAGUCGAGGGAUCCGACCGCCCCGCUGGCCGACUUUCUCAUCUUCUCCCCUCGAUGGGAUGUUGCAUCACACACCUACAGGCCGCCAUACUACCACCGCAACUGUGCCUCUGAGCUGAUGGGUCUCAUCUACGGCGACUAUGAUGGCCGAUCGGACGAAUUCCGUCCAGGGAGCGUCUCGUUUGAGUGUGGAUUUGUCCCUCAUGGCGUCGCCUACGAGCAGUUUGCGGCUGCUUCCAAGGAAGACCCCCCGGUCAUGAAGAUUUCGGAAGGCUCAGUGGCCUUCAUGUUUGAGAGUAGUCGCGCCUUUACCAUCACUGACUACGCGUGGAAGAGCGACCAGAAGCACGAGCAUGACCCGAAAAUGUGGGAUGAUCUGGUCGACAAUUUCUCCAAGCACAAGAUCGAGGUGGACCAGAUUCUGGCUGGGAAGGCUGCUAAAUAA